GACACAUGACUACUAUAUGAGAGGCUGUGAUGCGAGUUAAAGAGCUGUAUCGAGUUCAGUUACAUUCUCUAAAACGGGUUAAAUAGAGUCGCCAAAUCAAGCGACGAAGUCUCUUAGUUGGCAACACUGAGAAAAUAGUGUACUGUCUCUUUAAACUGUCUCGAUGUGAAAAGUUCAUGCUAGGUUAGAGUCAAAGCCGAGCAGCCCUCCUCCUCCUCUUUCCCCCCUCCGCAGUCUUUCCGCUCGAGCAGCGCGGACACUGAUACGAGUUACCACCAUGUAAACACUCCUCAAACCUUUCUGAUAAUUCUUUAUCGAGCAGCGGCAGUGGCUGAAGAAGAAGAAGAAGAAGACAUCGUCGCGCCAGUUAAACUUAUCGGAGGGAGACUGAAUAUUACAGCCGUGUUGAACACACUGCAGCAGCAGAUGGCCGGCGACAGCGGCGAGAGGAAACGGCUGCCGAAGAGACCUUCAUCCGGCCACAGAGCGGAGAAAGCGAGCGGCAGUGUCACCGAGAUGGACAGGACCCAGGCCAGGCUCGUGAGCUGCACGGACCGCGGUGGCCGCAAAGAGCGGAGAGGGAAAGAAAACAGCGCGGGGAAAGCGAGCGCGUCGGCGCGCGCAAACCCGGAGAAGAUGGAGGACGCGGAGUGUUGCGGAUCCGCCGACAGGGCAGACCCCGGCCUUAUUUUCGACGAGGACAGCAACCACAUUUUCCCAGUAGAGCAGUUCUUCGGAAACCUGGAUGCAGUUCAGGAUAUUUCCCGCAGAUCUGCUGGCACAGAGGGAAUGACCAGACGAGAGUACAGGAGGCGCCAUUACUACGCCAAAGAGGACAGUGACGAGGAGCAGACAUAGCAUUCGCACGGGCUGAGUUCAAAACUUGGACACCUCCGUUGUACGUUUAUUGAAAAUUUACAAUGUCCAUUCAUCUCGAUGGCAGAAAUAACUUUCCAGAACACUUGUGUAGGUUUAUGUAGUUUUGGAGUUGUAAAGUAUAGUUUGUUUUUUUUUGUAAGCACCUCUGUGUUAUGGGCAGAGUUUUAACUAAUUUAAUGUAACUUAAGAGAAGAAAAAACUUUAAGAAGGUUUUUACUAUUUCUAUACGACAUCUGCCUGUUUUUUGUUUUUUUGUUUUUUUUUCCAUCCAAGCUCAGUUUUCAACGAGCACAACAGAUUGCUAUCAGUCAGUGUCAUUUCAGGGAUUACAGUCAUAACAGUUGUAAUCACAGUGAAGAAUGUUUUUGAGUAUUAAACCAGCUUUUCUUCUUAAUUUUUUCAGUGUUGCAGCUACAAAAGAAAAAGAAAAAAACAAUGACCUGAGGCCUUGAUAAAGAGUAGAUUAAAAAAUACAUUAGCAAAGCAUGAAACAAUGCCUUGGGCUUCUUUUUAUAUAAAGAACAAAAUGUAAUUUUGAUUUAAUGCAGUGUGUUGGUAAAAUGAGUCGGAGUAGCACUGUUACUUUGUAAAUUAACAUACUUUAUACUUGUGGAAAAAGUACAGGAGUAGUUUGGAUUGAAGGUGAAGUUUUCUGAAAGUUGAACUUGUGUGGCACAGAAGCACAAAAGUGCUGCAGAGAGAGAGAGAGAGUUUCAGAAGGUAGCUAAUCUGUAUAUAGUUGAAUUUAAAAAAAAAAAAAAAAACGUGAAAUAUUGAAGAUGAAACAUGGCUACACACACACACACGUACGCUACAUGUACACUUCCUGUGCUCAGGUUACACUCUGUGGCAUGGAUUGAUUAUUCUAAAUUACCCCUGAGUGGAAAUGUGUGUGUGCGCACGCAUGUUGCACAGUAAUGGACUGGUGUCCUGUCUAAGAUGUACUUCUGCUUCGUCCCAGUGUUCCUGGGAUAAGCUCCAGAUCCUUUCCAGAAAAAGGCACUUACUGAAUAUUUGAAUGAAUAAAUAUCAUACACAAGGCUAGUUUCAUCGUGUGUGGGUGUAAACGUGGCCAUAACUCAAAUAACCCUUAUCAAGAAAGAUGCAUUUAAGCUACAACCAUAAAGUUUUGGUAUAUGUAAUUCAUUAGCAUAGCUGUACAUAAAAUAGCUUUGCAUACCAUUAUGAAGCACGUAAGUGAGGAACGUUAUUGGUCGCCGCAGUCUUUGUGUAGACAGACUGAGAGGUGAUGAGACAAACUUAACAAGGACAGGAGGAUGGUUUUACAUGAUCGUCAUGUAAUGUCAGUUAAGUGCCUCAGUCAUUGUGUUAACUUUUUAGUAAAGACAAAUAUUGCAUAUUGCCGUUUGUUAAAUACUAGUUUUCUCCUGUGUAAUAUCCUUUUUUUUUGCUCAUUUACAUGCUUAAUUAUAUAUUUGUGUAUAUAUUUAUAUGUAAUCAAGUAAAUGUUUGAAUUAAAUUGUAAAUCUGAAAUUGCCAAGAGAUUAUAUAUAUAUAUAUAUAUAUUAUAUAUAUAUAUUAUAAUAUAUAUAAUAUGUAUGUAUAUAUAUAUAUAUAUGUAGUUCGGUUGUAUGAAAUAUUUGCACUAACUUUAUAUACAAACAUGUGACUUGUAAAAUUUUAUACUCACUGUAUAAAUUAUUAGGUAAAUUCUUAUCCGUCUUGGUUUACAAUGACUACUCUAUUUUUGUAUUAAAAAGACAAAACCUUACCUUAUAAUUUUGUUAUCAAAUGCUGUUUACACAAAUGUUAAUAUUUAAUGUUAAGAACAGUCUGUAUUACACCAUUUCACACAAAAUACAAUACUCCGUCCAGACACGGUAAAUGUUUAUUGAUUUGAGAACAGCAUGAAAUUAAAUGGAAUUGUUGUGGCUUAUGAAA